CUGGGCGCUGCUGGGCGCAGCUUUGACGCUCGGAAACACAGCAGUCACAAUCGGGGAAAUGGGACCGUGAAAGUAUGGCGGAUGCCGAGGAGCCGGAGAAGAAAAGACGGCGAAUAGAGGACCCGACCGAGAAAAUGGCUGUAGAUGGUGGACACGGGGUUGGUGGGUGUGACUGGGAUGGCCGGUGGAAUCAUGUGACCAAGUUUUUGGAGCGACCCGGCCCGUUCACCCAUCCUGACUUUGAGCCAAGUGCUGAGUCUCUACAGUUCUUGUUGGAGACGUGCAAGAUUCUGGUCAUUGGAGCGGGAGGUCUUGGAUGUGAGCUCCUCAAAAAUCUGGCCCUGUCUGGGUUUCGCAUCAUUCACGUGGUUGACAUGGACACCAUUGACUUGUCCAACCUCAACAGGCAGUUUCUUUUCAGGCCCAAAGACGUUGGACGACCAAAGGCUGAAGUGGCCGCCAACUUCAUCAACAGUCGCAUCCCUGGAUGUAAAGUCGCAUCCCACUUUAAAAAGAUCCAAGACUUUGACGAGUCUUUCUACAGGCAGUUCCACAUCAUCGUCUGUGGGCUGGACUCCAUCAUUGCCAGACGCUGGAUGAACGGGAUGCUGAUAUCCCUCCUGAGCUAUGAAGACGGAGUCCUGGACCCCAGCUCCAUCAUCCCUCUCAUCGAUGGAGGAACCGAGGGCUUUAAAGGAAACGCCCGUGUCAUUCUCCCCGGCAUGACAGCAUGCAUCGACUGCACAUUGGAGCUGUACCCGCCACAGAUUAAUUUCCCGAUGUGCACCAUUGCGUCAAUGCCUAGGCUACCAGAACAUUGCAUUGAAUAUGCCAGAAUCCUACAAUGGCCAAAAGAAAAACCUUUUGGAGAUACCAGCUUAGAUGGAGACAAUCCAGAGCACAUCGAGUGGGUGUUUGAAAGAGCCCGAAAAAGAGCUGCAGAGUUCAACAUUACAGGAGUGACGUACCGCCUCACUCAAGGAGUCGUGAAGAGGAUCAUUCCAGCUGUGGCGUCGACUAAUGCUGUUAUCGCGGCUGCCUGCGCCACCGAAGUCUUUAAAAUUGCAACAAGUGCGUAUAUCCCUUUAAAUAAUUACCUGGUCUUUAACGACGUGGAUGGACUGUACACCUACACCUUUGAAGCGGAACGAAAGGAAAAUUGUUCUGCUUGCAGCCAGGUGCCUCAGGAUCUCCAAUUCCCUUCGUCUGCCAAACUACAGGAGGUUUUACAGUUCCUCACAGAGAGCGCCUCCCUGCAAAUGAAAUCGCCGGCUAUCACCACAACUCUGGAAGGGAAGAAUAAGACGCUGUAUUUGCAGUCUGUUAAAUCCAUCGAGGAACGAACGAGGCCGAACCUCUGCAAGACUUUGAAAGAGCUGGGCCUGUCGGACGGACAGGAACUGGCCGUGGCCGACGUCACCACGCCUCAGACGGUUCUCUUCAAGCUCAAUUUCACCACCUGAACAUUUAUUCGGAGACCGACGUCGGAUUGAAUCUGAAUGCGAAGCGGCGUUACUGGGCGGUCGCAGUAGCGCUCCUGAUAUGAUGAUGUAAAUAAGAUGAGUGAGGCGUCACUGGUUUGAACUGGUUGUCAUAUGAAUAUAAAAUCCUUUAAAACAUUUUUGUUUUUUUUAUUAGUAACGGUUACUUUUUGAAGUGUUUUGUCUCUGUUUUGACUUCUACUGUAGCUAUAUUAGAUGUCAAUCAAAUGAGAGUAAUCAUGUGCGCUCUGCUCUAAUAAAGUUUUAUUAUCAUGG